GUGACGUCACCACCAUGAUGGAUAUGUUGUGGUAUCAAGCUUACUAUGAUCAUUCGGAGCUAAGAUCUCGUCUGACACAGAGAAGAAGACUAAAUCUGGACUGAGUGGACACAACGGACGUGGUUUUGGGUUGGCAUUGAUCGGGCACGAUGUUACCGAACACAACCUUACAGACGAGUAGCAAUUCAGCGUUUAGUAAACCAACAAACAAUGCCACUAGGGAUAGAGAGAGCCAUAGCUCUCCGAGUUCCCCAGAAGAGGUUCAGGUCGAUGUCAAAACCACGGCUCCCACGGUUAGAGAAGGAAUAAGUUUUAGUGUGGACUCUAUUAUGGCUGAUAAGAAAUUGGACAAUUCAGACAGAGAAAGUCCAGAAAUCAGAGAGACCCCCUCUCCCCAAAGUCCCUCGUCCUCGGUCCCUACCGUGAGUCACUCAUUUAGUGUGACGGGCAUACUGAGUAAGCCUCUUCCUAAGUCCGACGCUGCCAUAUCUCCAAAUUUACUGCACUCUCCUGACGGAUCGAAGUGGGCUACUGCGUUUCCAUGGUUACCUACAUCCAUACCAAGUGCUUCGACGCUUUCACCUCCACAGCCUCGUGCACCAUCCCCUCCAAGGAUUACUCCGUCAAAAUGUACACUGAGGAAGCACAAGACAAACCGUAAACCAAGAACUCCAUUUACAACCGCACAAUUAUUAGCACUUGAGAGAAAAUUUCGCCAAAAACAAUAUCUGUCAAUAGCAGAACGUGCCGAAUUCAGUUCAUCAUUGAACUUAACAGAGACUCAGGUGAAAAUUUGGUUUCAAAAUAGAAGAGCAAAAGCUAAGAGACUGCAAGAAGCAGAAUUGGAAAAACUCAAGAUGGCGGCCAAGCCAAUGUUGCCCCCGGCUCUAGGAGUGACUUUUCCUGCAGCAGCAGCGGCGUUUUACGGAUUCCAUAGGCCUCAGGUACCAAUGUCACCGUUUAUUUCACCAUAUGGCUUUUACGCCGCACCUCACCCCCAUUCAAAUUUGGUGUUUCCACAUUAAUGAUGAUACUGGCGCAAGACUCGCCUCAUUCAGUCCAGAGAACCUCUGGGAUCCAGUUUAUCACUGCAGCUCAGCUCUGUUCGGAUGACUGCCUCAGUUAAUAUGUACCGCCUCAGGAGGGCGAUCCAAUCAAGAGAAAUUCACUGUUAAAUAAUUGUCACGACUUUUGCUUUAAUAUGAAACGUGCAAUAAUGUGAUAAACUAUUCCCAUGGACAUUUUGACAACACAUUAGAAUUGUGUAGAACGAUUUAAAAAAGUUUUCUCUUUGAGGCAACUGUUCACAAUUGAGCUUGUGACAAAUGGCUCCGGAGGUUUUAAAAAAUCUUGUUAGAUCCAGCAAACUGCUUCUGAUGCCAAUUGUACACCUGCCAUUUGCUCAAGAUUUGACCAUUAGAUUUUUUUUUUCAAAAUUGACGACAAAAGUACGUAAACACUUUAAGACCUUGUAAAUAUAUAAAUAAGUAAAUGAUCGUUUCAGAAGGCUAGAGCCUUCAAUCUUAGUCGACUAUGAAUUAAUGCUGUGCAACAGUAACUUAAUGACAACUACGGAUUGUAAAUGUUUUCCUUUUGAAAGCAAUGUAGACGUAUAUAGAAAAUAGUAAUUUAACAAAGUAAACAGCUCCAUUUUUGGAGAUUGACAUAUCCCGACAUGUGCUGGUGCUAUUUGAAAACUGGGGUAAAAUAUGACAUGAUUACGAAUUUUUUCGCAUGUUAAAGUGAAUGUAUAGAUGUAAAUAAAUUGUUGUACAUUAAGCUAUCAA